AGUUCAGACUGACGCAGUGCAUCCUUCAGCGCGCAGCAUCCGACAGCAGCCUGGACCGAGGACACUAGGACACCGCGUACCGUAGAGAUGUAGCCAUGAAUCAUCCACAUUAUAUCAGCUAAACGAAGGACCAUCGACAUUUAUAGUUUUUUCCGCUGCUGUUAUCCGGAUCGCACUCGCCCAACCCGCAAAAUGGCUGAGAUCACUGAAAUAGGCGCGGCGUACGAUAUGUCCCCAGUGCUGGCGGGGUUUAUCGGUGCCGGUGUGUUGGUCGUUGCAAUCAUUGCAUUAAUCUUUGUGUGGACUUGCUGUCAGAAACAUUACAACAGGACAAACUACAAGCUCCAUGGAAUCCAGUCGGAACAAAGUGAUCCUCUCACAGACCCACCGUACAGGUUUAUUCACAUGCUGAAAGGAAUGAGCAUCUACCCCGACACGCUUACCAGCAGCAAGAGGAUCAUACGAGUGACAGGCCAGGCCAGAUCCCAGACCACCGACGGGGCUCAAAGCAACAAGGGUCGCCCAGUGGUGCUGGUAAAUAUGGAUUCGGCAGCAGAAAGUGGCCUGCUGGGAGAGAAACAAAUGCAAAUUAGGCUUGGGGAAAGUGGCCAUGAGGUUCCCAAGCUGGAGAGGGAACUUCCUGUGCAUGCGGAUUACUCCUGUCUGGACAGCAGCUCUGCCAGCAGCAGUCAGACCUCCAGUACUACAGUUUCCAGCACAGCUACACCCUUCACCCCUGCAGAAGAGCCCAGCCGAGGAGAUCUCAGCAUCGCAAUCGAUUAUAACUUCCCUAAGAAGGCCUUGGUGGUCACCAUUCUGGAGGCUCGGGGGUUACCGGCCGUAGAAGGCCAUGCUGGCAGUGCCGACCCCUAUGUGAAGAUGACCAUUCUCCCCGAAAAGAAACAUCGUGUUAAGACUCGGGUCCUGAGGAAGACUCUGGAACCUGCAUUUGAUGAGACCUUCACAUUUUAUGGCGUGCCGUACAGCUCCCUGUCGGAUCUCACUCUGCACUUCCUGGUGCUGAGCUUUGACCGGUUCUCACGAGAUGAUGUGAUCGGGGAGGCGAUGGUUCCGUUGGCAGGUGUGGACCCGAGUACAGGCCAAGUUCAUAUUACGCAACAAAUCACAAAGAGAAGUAUGCAGUGUGUGAGCCAUGGAGAGCUGCUGGUCUCUCUUUCCUAUCAACCUGUUUCUCACAGACUGAGUGUGGUGGUGUUAAAAGCAAAACACCUUCCGAAACUGGACAUCACUGGCCUAUCUGGAAAUCCGUAUGUGAAGUUGAAUGUGUUCUACAGCCACAAGCGCAUUGCCAAGAAGAAAACGCAUGUAAAGAAAUGCACACUCAAUCCAGUCUUUAAUGAAUCCUUCAUCUAUGACGUGCCGGCUGAGUUGCUCCCAGACAUCUCUAUUGAGUUCCUGGUCAUGGACUUUGACCGCACUACUAAAAACCAGGCCUUGGGACGCCUGGUACUUGGCGCAAACAGCCCCUGCCCCUCGGGAGCAGCCCACUGGCAGGAGGUCUGCCAAAACUCACGGCGCCAAAUCUCAAAAUGGCACACGCUCAGUGAAUAUUAGAGCUUCACCACAAUCUCUCCGCACACACGCUCAAACACAGGCACACAGGAAACAAUUAAUAACGAGAGAGAGAGUUCUGGGAAAAGAUGACUUUUUGUUAUCGUCUCAACAUGGAAGGUAACUGAUUAUCAGGAGGACUUAAAAAAAAAAAAGAAAAAAAAAGACUUAAGCCAUCUUUUAUGUCAUUGCUAAUGCGAUGAUGGGCUUCAGAAAUGAAUCUUUUUAAAGUACACAUUUACUUUCUCACUCAGAUGCUCACAUAUAAACAGACAUACACACAUACACACCGCCUAAACACAAACAUACACGAAUAAUAAAAAAACAUAUUGACUGUUAGGAAUUUAUGAGGUUUGGGAUUCUGCAACUGUCCUAAUAAAUCUUAACGCAUGUCUGGACGCUCCAUAUUUCACUCCAGAACAGGACAUUGUGUGGAUUUGUGAAGCUGGCCCACAUUAAACUUCCAGGAGUUUGUGGGAGGAGUUUGUUUUAAAGGAGCUUGUGACGAGCAUCUUCUGAUAUGUACUGAUUCUCCAGUCUGAGAAAUGCACUGAAGUGAAACAGAGGUUGUAAGAUCUACGCUGAAGUAUAAACUGUUCUGUUAUGCUUUGGCUGGAAAUGUUUUGGAGAUUCCUGCUGUGUCACUUUCUC